AUGGGCAGCUUCGUUACCAAGUACAAAUUGCAUUCCUCCUCCACUGCGGCUGGCGGUGCUGAUAGUCGCACAAUCCCGAGCGGUGUACGUGCGCAAAUCACGUCCAAAGAUAAGGCGAUUCUCGACCUCAAGAAUGCUCGCGACCGACUCAGACGGUAUCAGACGCGGCUGGACAUUGAAGCGAAGCUGCUGCACGAGAGUGCAAAGAAGUUACUCCAAGCUGGCAAACGGGACCGCGCGAAACUUGCGUUGAAGCUGAAGAAAUACAAGGAGCAGCAGAUGCAGCAAGCAGACGAGAACCUGAUGCAAGUGCUGGAGAUGCUAGAUACAGUUGAGUGGGAGACACGACAGCUGCAGGUGUUUGAAGGUCUAAAGGCUGGCAAUUCGAUUUUGAACGCUAUACACAAGGAAAUGACAGUGGAGGCACUGGAAGAGCUGAUGCUCGAGACGGAGGAAGCACGUACCAUGGCAAAUGAAAUCAGCAAAAUCAUUGGCGGUAACUUGACUGUUGAAGACGAGGACGCCGUGCUUAGCGAACUUGCUGAGAUUGAGAAGAUGACGGCCGAUUCACUUGCGCUUGCAAUGCCGGACGCUCCACUUACCACUGGGUUGGAGACAGAAAAUGUCGUUGUCACAGCAACGCCAGGUACUCACUUCCGGCCCCGCCCGGCUGCAAGUACCAAGAGGGAAGCCGUGGCAAUGUUAGGGUGA